AUGGCUUCCCACCAGCAGGAGCAGGGCGAUGCCACCGAAGGCAUCGUCAAGCCAUUGAAGUCAUGGAAAGGAUAUCUCUGGGAUACAUGGGAGCUUCCCCACGACCAACGUUGGCUCUUGUUCAAACUGGAUGCUUUUGUCCUGACUUUUGCUUCGAUUGGCUAUUUUCUCAAAAACAUCGACCUCACAAACGUCUCAAACGCCUAUCUGAGCGGAAUGGAGGAAGACCUGGCCAUGUAUGGCGACCAACUGGUGACCAGCACCUCCAUCUGGACGGUCGGUUAUGUGAUCGGCCAGAUUCCCUCCAAUCUCUUAUUGACCAGACUGUCUCCUCGCUGGGUCAUUCCUUCGCUGGAGGUUGGCUGGGGAAUCGCCACCAUCUGCACAUCGACCGUCAAGUCGUAUAAAUCCUUAUACGUUGUGCGUUUUCUCGUCGGUCUUUUUGAGUCCGGCUUUUAUCCUGGCAUCCACUAUCUGCUCGGAUCAUGGUACACCCCCCGGGAGAUCGGUAAACGAGCCAUGAUCUUCUGGCUGGCUGGCUCUGUGGGCUCCCUGUUCAGCGGCUUCCUCCAGGCCGCUGCCUACACAAACCUGGACGGAGUUGACGGCCACGCAGGCUGGCGCUGGCUGUUCAUCAUCGACGGGAUCAUCACCCUUCCGCUCGCCGUGGCUGGAUACAUAUUCUUCCCGAAUCUGCCGCAGAGUGGGAACCAGACCUGGUGGAUCAGCGAGGAGGAGCAUCGCCUGGCCGUGAAGCGUAUGGAGGCUGUCGGACGCGCGGGCAAGGAGCCAUGGAGUAAAGCAAAGGCCAAGAGGAUCUUCCUCAGCUGGCACACAUAUCUACUGCGUGAGAUUGGUCCUAUCUUUAUGCCAAUGGUCAAUGCUAACCAACUAGCAUUGGCAUAUGUGAUCUGGAAUAAUGGGCUGCCUCAGGCCGCAAUGGGAUACUGGCUCAAAAGCUUCAACGAUGCCCCCUAUCCGGUGCCAGGGAAGUCGUAUACAGUCCCCCAGAUCAACGAUCUCCCGUUGGUCACCAUCGCCCUCUUCAUCUUUGUCUCCUUCUUCUGGGGGUGGUUGUCGGAUAUCUUUGGGGGAGCCAGAUGGCCGUUCAUCCAUAUCGGGGCUGUCGUUACCUUUAUCUUUUGUCUGCUCAUGCGCCAGAUGCCGCUCUAUACCAACAUUCCUGGCCGUAUGGCUGUCUACUGGCUGUCUGAGAUAGGAUGGGGUGCUGGUCCUCUCAUCCUCAGCUGGAUCAACGAGAUCUGUUCCGCGGAUACAGAGAAAAGGGCCUUGAUAGUUGCCAUGGCCAAUGAUCUCGCCUAUGUUGUUCAAGCUAUUGCCCCCAAUUUCGUGUGGAAGACGGUCGACUUUCCCGCCGCCAAAAAGGGAUAUCUUUUCUGUCUUGUUCUGCAGAUUCUCCUGAGUAAGUUGGAUUCUACUCAUCUUCAAUUCAUAUGCUAA